GCCGGCAGCAGCGAGCGGGGCUCGGCGGCCAGCCCGUCCCCGGCCCGCACCGAGCUCUCGGCAUCGGCCCCCGGGGGGGCGGCGGCGACAACGACGAGCGGGGCCCGGGCGCAGCCCCCGAGAUGAGCAGCCCCGAUGCGGGCUACGCCAGCAGCGAGGACCAGGCGCAGGGGCGGUGCUCGCUGCCCAUCAUGAUGCCGGCCGUGGGCCCCUGCCCGUGGGCAGAAGCGCUGAGCCCGCUGGGCGAGGCGAAGGCGAAGAGCGAGGCAGCGCCGUCGGGGCCGGCGGGCGGGCGGAGCAAGAGCGAGGCGCGGAUCCGGCGGCCCAUGAACGCCUUCAUGGUGUGGGCCAAGGACGAGCGAAAGCGGCUGGCGCAGCAGAACCCGGACCUACACAACGCUGAGCUCAGCAAGAUGCUGGGUAAAUCGUGGAAGGCGCUGUCGCUGGCGGAGAAGCGGCCGUUCGUGGAGGAGGCGGAGCGGCUGCGAGUGCAGCACAUGCAGGACCACCCCAACUACAAGUACCGGCCGCGGCGGCGGAAGCAGGUGAAGCGGCUGAAACGGGUGGAGAGCGGCUUCCUGCAGCACGGCCUGGCGGAGGCGGCGGCGGUGGCGGCGGCGGCCGGGCCGGGCAGCGAGGGCGGCGGCGGCGGCAGGAUGUGCGCUGAGAGCCUGGGGUUGCCCUACGGCGAGCAGGGCUACGCGGCGGGGCCGGGCGGCGGCCACUACCGGGACUGCCCGCCGCUGGGCGCCGCCUUCGACGGCUACGGGCUGCCGACACCGGACCCGUCGCCGCUGGACGCGGCGGACAGCGAGGCGCCCUUCUUCGCGGCGGGGCUGCCGGAGGAGGGGGGCCCGGGGCCCUACGGGAGCUACGGCCCGCAGGCGGGCGGCGAGUACCCGGCGGCGGCGGCCGGGGAGAGCCCGUCGGGGGCCGCGCUGCGGCGGCACCUGGCCGCCGGCGAGCCGCUGGGGCCGGCCGGCUCACUGCAGGGGCUGCUGGGCUGCCCGGCGCCUCUGCACGCCUACUACGGGCAGAUGUGCCAGCCGCCGGGCCCGGGGCGCGGCCCCCCGCCCGUGCUGCCCCCGGUGCUGCCGCCGGUGCUGUCGCUGCCGUCGGGGGGGCAGCCGUCGCCCCCGCCCGAGGCGGCGCCGUGCCGGGAGGCGCUGGAGCACUUGCCGCAGGACGAGCUGUUGGGCGAGGUGGACCGUGCCGAGUUCGAGCAGUACCUGCGCUUCGCCUGCAAGGCCGAGCUGGGGCUGCCCCUGGCCGGCCACGACGCUGCCGAGGGGCUCUCGGCCGGGCCCAUCUCCGCCGCCGUGUCGGACGCCAGCAGCGCCGUCUACUACUGCGGCUACCCCGACGGCUGAGGAGGGACUGCCACGGAGCCGCCCGCCCCCGCUCCUAUUUAUGUAAUUUAUUGGAGGCUUCUCGGGACACUUUCGCAGGCUCCGGCUGGGCGGAAAGGUGCGGUUGCCGUGCAGAUUAAAAGCAUGUCUUUCAAACUGGUCCUCGACUGAUGUGCCAGCAUGUUUACACUUCUUAUUUUUUACAUCCGUGCCCGAAAUUAUGCUCAUUCUUGCAACAUCAGCACCGUUACAUGUCUUCCCAGACCACAGUUUUACCAGCUGCUUUUAACUAUAAAUUAUUUUUCUUUUUUUUUUUUUCUUUUUUUGUACUUCAAGGAAAUAAAUUAAUGUACAGCCGCUUCUGUCAUUCUUGUCGGUCUUACGGGCCUCUAGGGAGGCUAAACUACGAUUAAAUCACCCAUGCCCUAAGGUGCAGUUAGGGGAAAGUAGGUGCCGUGUAACACGUCCUUUUACCAUAACAGUGACUCUAAAGGAGUAAAACGGUCACCAGGACCCCAGGAAUUUGUUCCUUGGUGUGGUUGCAUUCCCGUCCCAGCUGAUGUCUGUCCCUUGGAGUUAGGACACAUGUGACUGUACCUAGCUGUGGUCUUUGUAAGCUUUUUUUUUUUUUUUUUUUUUCUUCCCCUCUUUUGUACGUGCCAACUAGAAUUUGCAAUUGUCAUUAAUGCAUCGGGAAUAACCUCUGCCCUGAAAGUGUAAUUUCUGUAACAAAAGGAACUAGGUAAGUUUGAGAUACUGCUUUCAAAGUAUUUUGUCAGAUUUGGAUACCUGUAGAUGUGAAGGUGAUUUUGCCUUACAUUGUUUUCUGUUUAAACCAAAUUACUCGCAACAACUCACAAAUGGUAUUUGUACUGUAUUUACAAGAUCUUUUACUUUCUACCACCUACCCCUAAGAAAGUUUAGGCCAUUCUGUCUCUUAGGGUUCAGGCUUCCACCAGUAAGGAGAAAAAAAAAAAAAAAAAAACCUUACCCAAAUGCUCAUCUCAAUUGCUCUCAGUCAACUGCUGGUAUCAAUUAUCCAUUAAAACAAGAACUUUUUUUUACUGA